AUGGAGAAUUUCGAUUCAGAAAAACCGACUACCGAAGUAUCGCGCGGUCAAAGUGAGGAAGACGACCUCUUUGUCGAAGUGGACAUCGACGGAUCCAACGAAAAUGACGACUUACUGGCGAAAUCAAGCAGUUUUCUACGGCAGUUAAACCAGUCCUUACAUACAAUGGUUGGCUCAAUCAUGGAAAAGUUGCUGAAACGUCUCCACGAAGACAAGACACCUCCCGCGAAACGAAAGAAAUCUCGCCUGGCUACAGAGACAUCUGGACUUGAGGAAGUAGAAGAAAACCAGAGCAGCUACGAAGAUACGCGAGCACUUUGUGGCCCAUCAAAUGCCGACUCGGCAAAAAGCUCUCAAACCAUUAACGCUCGACUCGAGCAAGACACUGUCACUGACAAUUGCAAUAUCACAUUGCUGUCAGAAAUUGAAAAUGGUUUCUCUCAGGAGGACGAUAUGGGCCCGGCUAUUACAGAGAAACUCGCUACCAUAAUCAAUAAGCGUUGGUCUAAAAAACUGAGCGAUCAAAAGCUGAAAGAAAAGCGGGAUUAAUAACCCCGCCCAGACAACUGUGACAGACUUGUGGCGCCAAGCAUUAACCCAGAAAUCUGGGCGAGAAUAGACCACACUGCAAAACAGUUGGACCUUCGCGCCAGCACAAACCAAUCUAAUCUGGCCAAAGCAGGAGUUGUCCUGGCAAAAUCAACCGACAAACUUCUGUCACUUUAUCAAAAAGACUCGAAGCCCGAGUACCGAGAGCUUAUCACACUCAACACAGACGCCCUUGCUCUACUGGGACACGCGUCGUGUGAAAUAUCACAACGAAGGCGGGAAAUGCUAAAACCGCAUCUUAACAAAGAAUACACGACCCUUUGCGCCUCGCAUGUUCCAGUUACAUCCCUCCUAUUUGGAGAUGACCUACAGGGUCAACUAAUAAAUAUACGAGCUACAAAUAAAGUUAGCAACACAAUCAGAGAUGCGAGAAAACAAUACAAAAAUACACAACAAUGGCGACCACGAUCAGAUUACGACAAUACGCAAUCCCAGUUGCAAUAUCAAUCCUCUCAGCUCUUUACAGGUGAGUAACCUCGCCUUAAACAUUUAUACAAAUAUGAAAUCAUAUUUUCAGACCAAAAUUGUGCAUUUUAAGAGUGGUCAAAUAUCAAAACACAUUGCCAAAUGGCAUGAGAUUACCUCUGACUCAGAGGUUCUAGGUUCGUGGACUUCACAUUGAAUUCUCGACCGAACCUUAUCAAUGACAAAGGGUAUAAUAGAAAAAUCACAACAUGAGCCGGGAGAGUAUAUCUCCCCCAUAUCAUACAGAAUGAUCCUCAAGCGACCAAAUGCUCAUGUUCAAUAUACCACCAUUUCAAAAUGGAGUCAAUUCAGUCGGCCAUUAGACUGCUGACACCAAACUGUUUUAUGGCAUCAUCGAUCGAUCUGAAAGAUGCGUACUAUACUGUGUUCCCAAAAGCGAGCUUCCAUCACAAAUAUCAAAUUUGCGUGGUAUGGGUCACUGUACCAGUUUACUUGCUUCACCAAUGGCCUAGUAGCCUGUUGCCCACGCAAGUUCACAAAACUAAUGAAGCCAGUACUUUGUCACCUCAGGAAAUUGGGUCACCAAUCCUCCCUUUACAUUCCUUACGAACAGGUCAAACCUAUGAUGACUGUGCAGCUAAUGUGAUUGACACAACACAGCUCAUAGACAACUUGGGGUUUAUAGCUCACCCUGACAAAUCUGUUUUCAUCCCCACUCAUCAAUUAGACUAUCUUGGUUUCACACUGAACUCCAAAACUAUGCAGGUGACUAUAACACCUGGAAAGAAGUUGAAUCUCAUAGAAACAUGUAAGGAACUCCUUACGAAAGAAUACCCUACUAUCCGUGAGGUUGCUAGGGUAAUCUCAAACUUCCCAGGUGUUGCAAUGGGACCACUACAUUACAGACUUUCUGAAGCUGACAUAAUGCAGCACUUAAACAUAACAAAGAAAAGUUUGAUGCCACUGUGCACUCUCGGCUGAAGCCAAGGAAGAACUUGUGUGGUGGAUAAAUAACAUUGACACUGCAUUCAACCCAGUGCAUAGGGGGCAACCUAACAUAACCAUACAGACAGAUCAGAUGUUUCAAACUGAGAUGGGGAUGUGCACUGGGUGACAAACAACUGGUGGACUCUGGGGCCAAACUGAGUCUUAUGAACACAUAAUUUACUUAGAAACACUAGCAGUCUUUCUGUCACUUAAAUCCUUUCAGCAUAUUCUAAGUGGCAACCAUGCAAUGAUCAUGGUGGAUAAUACCACUGCUGAAAGCAUCAUUAGAGAAAUGGGAACCAGCCUAUGUAGUGCUAGAUUAAAUCACCUGGUAAAACGAAUUUGGCAGUGGUAUGAAAGCCAGAAAAUAUGGAUAACAAUGGCACACAUACCAGGGGUUGAAAACUGUCAAGCCGACUUUCAGCCUCGGUCUUUCAAUUGGGGGACUGAAUGGUGUCUUAGUUAACAAAGACAUACUUACCUUGGCAUGCAACAUGCUCAGGUUUACCCCUGACAUUGAUCUAUUUGUUUCCAGAAUCAACCAUCAUAGCAUUUAGACCAGACCCUGAAGCAAUUGCCAUUAAUGCCUUUCACAUGACAUGGACUCAAUUUGCUUUCUAUGCAUUCCCACCAUUUAGUGUGAUAAUGCAAGAGCUACAGAAAGUACAAGAAGAUCAAGCCUCAGGGAUCCUAGUGAUCCCAUAUUGGCCAACACAGAUAUGGUGGCCGAAAGCAAUGAACAUGAUUGUCCAACAGCCAAUUGUCUUACCAAAAACCAAGGAACUAUUAUUCCUCCCCAACCAACCCAACAAAAUAUAUGGGACAUGAGCAUUGUCUUAAACCACCUUAAACAGUCUAAAAUUGCCAAAGAACUGUUACUGAAAGACUUAACUCUAAAGCUGGUUAUGCUAAUGGAACUUUUGUCUGGGCAGCGAUGCCAGACUCUGCAAUCAUUAAGUAUUGACAGCAUGAAACUUGGUGAUGAUGAGUGUGUUUUUCCCAUUAACAAACUAUUGAAAACUACCAAACCUGGUUCCAAACCACUAAAACUGCUUUAA